ACAGGAGAGAGAGAGAGAGAGAGAGAGAGAGAGAGAGGAGAGAGCUCUCUCUCUCCAUCUCUGGCUUCUCUAUUCCCUUUGCUUUGUGUCCACUUCUUUGGUUUUCUACUGGGCAAAGGCACAGCGACGGGGAGGCGUCAGAUUAUAAAUGAGAUAGUUGAGGACCAGCAGAAUUCAUUAAUGCAAGAUAGCGGCCAGGUCAACAACCUUCUCCUCCCAGGCCCAAACCACCAUUAAUACCGCCUUCCCUCCUUCAAUGGACACCGUCUCAUCUCCCUCUCUCUCUUUUUCGAAGUUGGUAUUUAAAAAAUGAAAGAAACGGUGAGUGGUGGGGUAUGAUAAGGUGCCUUCUUCCACUGGCAAGAGUCGCAGAGAAGCCAUGGCGCCAUCAUCUAUUAAGGAAGGAGGCGGAGAGAAGAGAGCGGAGCAGCAUCAGGCAAAGACUCUCAGCCCUCUCCCCAAUUUCAUCAAUGGAGAAGAUCAGGGGGUUAAGGUGACACACCCCGUGGUAUACCAGAGGACUCCUCUGCACACCUCCAUGCCUGCUGCUGAAGCCUGCACCACCGCCAAGACGUCGACUUCUUCCUCUUCUCGCCGAGCCUACGACACUCCGGAGCUCGAAGACAAGACCGUGUCUUGUAACACUUGCCGGCCCACGGGCCGCGAGAAGAUCUCCAUCGUUCCGGUGGAAGCCAACGGUAGUGGUGGAAUGGCGGGCGAUGGCAGGGGCCAGACUGGUACCAACGUCUUCAAAUCCCUCCUCUUCUCCAUUGCGAGGAAGAGCCCCAAGUGGGGAGUCGGCUGCGACCAGUCUCCGUUGUCUUCUCCGUCCACCGUGAGGUCCAGAGACGACCAGAGGAACGCCGCCGUCAACGAGCUCACGCAGAAGCUCGUGGCCGCGAAUCGCCGGAGGGACGAGGCCCUCGCCGAGGUCGCGCGAUUGCGGACCUCCAUGGGCGAGCUUGAACGCAAAUUGGGGAAGCUCGAGGUUUACUGCCACGACCUGAAGAAGGCGCUAGACGCUCGGAUCGCCGAGGAGACCACCAUCGGCGGCGUCGUCGCUCCGGAAGCCGCCACUGCCGGCAGUGGCCGUCACAAGAAGCAGGGAAACCCCGUCGCCUUGUUUGGCCCACGCGACGCCGAGGCGGCGCGCACAGUGGAGUCGUUCCUGCAGGCGGUGUCCGAUUCCCGAGCGUGCGUCCGCCACCUGGGGAAGUCGCUCGCUUCCCACCUCGGCCAGAUGGGCACCAAGGCCUUCGAGCGGCUCACCGCUCUGCUUAGCCCCUACGACGUGAGGAUCUCUCCUAAGAGCUCCCGUGCCGUCGUCUUCUACCUCGAGGCCCUGCUCAGCCGUGCGCUCUACGAAGACUUCGAGACUCCCGCCUUCGAGCGGUCGGCCCCGGACGCCGUGCUGAACCCAACGGAGCGGUGCCGGGCCAACCUCGACGCCUACACGGCCCUCAAAGCGCUCUCGUGGGAGGAGGUGCUGAGCAAGGGGACGAGGCGGUUCAGCGAGAGCUUCAGCAGGUUCUGCGACCAGAAGAUGAGCGCCAUCAUGGGCAUGCUCGGCUGGAGCAAGGCGUGGCCGGAGCCGCUUCUGCAAGCCUUCUUCGGCGCGGCCAAGCACGUCUGGCUCGUCCACCUCCUCGCCUUCGCCUUCCACCCCAGCCUCCCCAUCUUCAGGGUGGACAAGGGCGCGGGCUUCGAUGGGCUGUACAUGGAGGACAUUGCCGGAGACAAGCUUCUCCUCAAGAAGAACACCACCACCAGCGGCGCCGCCGCCUAUGCCGUCGUGAGGAUCAUGGUGUCGCCUGGUUUUUACGUCCACAGUAACGUGGUCAAGUGUAAGGUUCUCUGUAGAUAUCAGCAGCAACAGCAGCAGCAGGGUUGAGUAAGACAAGCUUUUGCUGCUUUUCGUUAUUUUUUCAUCUACUGUUCAUACAGUUCUAGACAAGAAAGAAAAAUUAUGAAUUUCAAAUCUGGCUUCAAACACGAAUAACCAUGUGAGAUCAUUGGGCUCAAGACUGGGUUAGAUCAAGCUGCAGCUUUAGAUCAUCUUGGUCUGAUCUUGAUCUACUUACUGAUGUUCAUGUGCUUAUCGAUACACUGUCACACACACAGUCCCCAAAAAGAGCCUUUUUCGAAGACUCCAUUCUCUAAAAGAGUUCUUUUAUACAUGCAAUGAAAACUUCAACCUUAUUCAUUGGUCAAUGUAAUUGUAAAUGGUUCACAGGGAAAAAAGCGAACUUCUAGGUGUGAGAACCGAGA